AUUAUAUAGCCAUCAAAUGGGCCUAACGGGCCUGCCUCGCCAUGACGUUCGUGCCCUUUGCCCCAUAUCGGGCCGUGAAAUCUCGCCGAGUGUCAGGCACCGACUCGUCAACGACGUUCCCCUCUUUCCAACAUGACGUUCCCUCCCCAUUUCCAACCUGACGAUCCUCGACCUUCAGCGCGAUCGUGGCGGGACGUUCAUAAUUAUAUUUUCCAAAUACAAUCGGUUUUCUUCAUAUUUACUCCAGUGACGCAUCUGCAUUACCGCAAUGUCUUGGACGCUCAAGCUCUCUCCAGUCAAACGCAAGCGUGAUCGCAAGGACCCUACCAAACGUGUCGGUGACGCCGCGUACGACUACGCCAUACUAUCGCUGCUGAAACGGGUCAGGGAAGCCGAGGAGCGUGCACGUCAGCAGGUGGCCAGUGGGAGUGUGGAUGCUGAUGAUGACGAAGGAGAUGGUUGGGAGUCAGACAAUGAAGCUUCAAGCUCAAGGCUCGACGUUGAAGUUGAGCUUCCACAGACUCACGACCUUGAGGACGGCGAGGACGAGUGGCCAGAUAUUGAUGCACCCACACCCACGAAACCCCGCCGCACGCAGCCCAGUGGGUACACCCAGAAUUUGUAUCGUGAUUGGAGGGCGCUUCUGCCGCACCUGGUCAGACCGUUGGCCUCAUUUCAGAAAAGAUCCGCUUUAGACAUUGGCCCCCCUCCCUUGCUUUGCAGCGCUGGAACUUGCGCGAACUUCCAUGAACAACGCAGCAUUUUAUGCCUGUAUUGGAACUAUUUCGAGACCAGAACGUUUGAAUACUGCCGAUUGCAUACAGAAUCCCUGCCUGUAAUUCUCGUCGAGAAUAGCCUAUUCCCUACCUCACCUCGGGAGCCACGCGUCGCAGUGUCCAUCGACUUGCUCAGCCUCUACCAGUCCUUAUUAGAACAUUCCGGAACAUCGAACUCUGCAUUUUGCUCGGCAUUGCAAGACUUUUAUGUGAGCCGUGGGUUCUGGAUGCUUGAUGCGAAGGGUGUCCCAAUGCAAGAGCCCUUUCGUCGUGGGUUCGGAUAUGCAACCAAGUGGUAUGGAUGUGUCAGACUCGCUUUGGAAGACGAGAUUGAUUCCAUGCUCUCAAACUCCCGUGCCAAGAUCCCCGAUUCAUUUGCGACUCCGAAUAACAUACAGCCAUCGACACCAACUGUAAAUGUUGACAAUGGUUCGGUGUACAGCUCUCCAGCCCAUGGGAAACGUGUCAAUAUUACGCUGACUCGUGGUCGAUGUUCGGACCUUUUGCAACAGCGAUGUUCCUGCUUAGGUGGUGAUGUCCAUGUUGCUGUUGACUGCAACUUCAAUCAGCGUCACCGAACAUCGGCGGGAGACUGCCCGCACUUCUAUGACCCCAGGUAUAUCCUCUCCAAGCAUGAGGUUGACGAAGCCGGAGUUCGUAUUGAAAUUGCACGCAACGCUGGCGCCAAAAAGAACUAUUCACCCAAGAUUCCAGACAUUGCUGUUGAUGAAGACGAGAAGUCAUUUGACGCUGCUGAUGAGAAGAAGGAGAAAACCCAUGGAGGACGUUAUGAUGACACAGGCUUAGCUGCGCUGGUGUGUCGUCAUGAUGUUCCUCUAUUCCUUGCCAAUGUGGAUACUCCUGGAGAGCAGCAGAAGUAUGCUGUUGCCCUCAUCGACAAACUCGCCUCUCAUCUGCCCGCAGCCGCUUCUAUUGCCGUAUUGUACGAUAUUGGAUGUGUAAUGGAUCGAAGCAUCAAUCUGUAUGACAUCUUUCCACCAAUGUUAACUGAACGACUUGUCUUUGCAACCUCAGCGAUGCACUCGUAUGGGCACCAAUGGGCUUGUCAGCUAGUAUACAAUCCUAGGUUGAUGGAUGGUCUUGGGUUGACAGAUGGUGAAGGUGUAGAGCGCUUCUGGUCAUGCCUUCGGAAGCUCAUUGGUAUUACUCGAAGUUCUGCGCGUCGACAACGAAUCUAUCUCCUUGAUCGUCAGGCGGCUUUUACGGCAAAGUCUAUUCGUGAGGAUCUCGGAGGAUGGAUACGUCGGAAGGUCCAAGAAGGUGUAGAGAAAAAGGGUGCAAAGGCACGCGCUGACCUGGAAUCCUGUGGGAAGUCAGUCCCCUUCCUGCGGCAACAAUGGGCGGACCAACGCCAGACACAGACAUCCAUAUGCUCGCAUGCCCCUGCUCGACUGAAGAAAGAGCUUGACGCUGUUCUAACGUUACAGGCGCAUGCUGACACUGUUGAGUCUGCCAUCCAGGCCACUCGGACUGCCCUGAAGUCUUCACCAAUGACUGUAUCUCAGCCGAAUUUCGAUUUAUCGCAACUCUCCUACGUCCAUCAACAGCUUUGCAAUCAGAUCGACCAGCUCUAUGCGUCUCUGAAUGUCGGCCAGUCCUUCCCCGAGUUAGCAUCCCUCGACGUCACAUUUGUACAAACGUUACUUCUCGCGCGCGACCUCAAGAUGAAUAUCCGCAAAAGGGCAAUCGGAACCUUCUUUGAAUGGGACCGGCUGGACCAGGCGACUGGCGGACGUGAACAGGCACUUGGAACAAAGCUUCACCAACAAACACGAAAAUCAAUCAGUCGCCGGAAGCCAGCUCUCCUUGCAGCUAUUCGGAAGUUCAAUGGGUAUGUUGGAGAGCUGGAGCAACUUGCGACGGAGAAGAAUAUUCAGUUCCCUUUGCCUCGCCACCUGUCAACGGAUUUGGCACAUCUCAGAAAUGACGAUGACCUCAUGCAAGACGUCUGGAUGCAGAUGGUACCCACCGAACCACCUGCAUGGCUCGUGGAUGCGAACGUCCAGCAGGGAAUUCGGGCGGUACUCCAACUCGACCGCUGUUUGGAGGAACGUCGUCGACUAGGGCGGGAAGCAGACAACCUGCUUACAUGGUUUGAACGGGAACUUGUUGCUCUGCAAAUAUCUCUCCAGAACAUUGAAGCAGAUUCACCUUUCCUCUUUCCACUGAAACGUAGAUACGAACAAACAUGUGCACUUCAGCACCGAUGGAAGAACCCACUCGUUUCUGAUAUGCGCUGGCAUGCUAUUGUUCAAUCUGCACUGCGGACUGCACAUUCUAUAUGCCAUGGAAUCUCAUCUUCGGCCAUCCACUUCGUCCCGCCUACCAUCAUUGCUGUCCCUGGGAUGUUCCCAGAUAUACCUGGCCAGACCUUCACCUCAAUACUCAGAGAGUUUGAGAGCGACUACGACGAUGAAGACAACGGGGACACUAUCUCAAACGAUGAAUCAGACUGCCUUGCGGACAUUCUUGAUGAUCUCGACCCAAGUCCGAGUCCAUCUGAUGUUACGUGGGAAGUUCCGUCAUACUCAGAAAAUGAUACCAUCUCAGUGACAUCUAGCGCUGAUGAUUCUGAGUCUUUCAAAGCAAGCGACAUGGGCGCUCCUCGGAAGUCUGGCUUAAACGGCAACUUGGAUAUCGAUAUUAUAUUCAAUGUUCCUUCUCCUGAGUGUCUCAUGACCAAAGACGUUGCUCGUUAUCGGCCACGAUGCAAGGAGAAGAACUGGGCCAAACUUGUGUUUGAUGCGGACGCUUUACGGCGUCUGUAUACCUCUACGGCACUUUUGAAUGACGACGUGAUGAAUGGAUGUGCAGCAUUGCUAUCUGAUGCCUUCCCAGAAUCCUCAACUGUUCUCUUCUCAACGUAUGAUCUUGCUGCCCUGAGGGACGAGUCAGAAUCCGAGACGAUAUGGAGGUAUACACGUAAACUCAAGUUCUGGAUGUACACACAGUGGGUCAUUCCGAUACAUCGCAAACAUCAGGUUCAUUGGACAGUGGCCACGGUGAAUCUUACAACGAAAACUCUUGAGCUGUUUGACAGCCUCGCUGAUGCUCUUGAGUCCGAGCGAGACAUUCAGGAUGUUCUUCGCUUCGUCGAAAUGAUUACUGCAUGUGUGAGGAAGCAAGGAUAUGAACUUCCACCUUCGAGUCCGGCAUCGUGGACCGUGACGAGAUUGAUUGCCAUGCCCAUACAGCAUAAUGGUUAUGAUUGCGGGGUUUGGGUGCUGUCGCAGAUCCGUGCAGUACUUCGUGGGUAUCGACAGACAGCAAUCACGGAGUCUGACAUCUCAAAGUUCAGAACCCACUGCCUCUCUAUGGUCUUAGCACUCGCAACAUGGAAUUCAAUGUCAGAAUAAGUAGGCUUUAUACAUAUAUCAUAGAUUUUGCCAUGGUAGAUGCUUUUCUUUGUACGCUUCAUCUAGAAACAAUCGACCGCUAUUGCAUAUUUGCAUCUCCACCUGGAGACAGUGCAAACGGAGCUUAUUCCACGUAGUAUCUUGUCUUGUACCUUCUGAUAUGCAGGCCUCUAUCUCUGCAAUUGACCUAGUGAG